GCCGCCUUCUUCGCCCACGCAGCUCUUGUGUUCCAUCUUCCAUGGACACCGUACCCAGCCAGCCAUCCCAUCAUCAUUUCACACUUGACGCACGCCACGCGGCUGGGUAUGCGGCCAUAAAAUAGGAACCCCCUGUUUGUUGCGAGUUAGGUGAUCACCUCGAUCUCCCGCGCUUAUUUUCCCCGCCACCCUGCUCUGCUCUGCAAGCCUCCCUGCUAAAUAAUCCUACCGCUCCGCAGCCGCAGGUGCGUGCGUGGUGGUUGACGGCCGCUUACCCGCACCGGCGCCAUGCGCGCGCGCGGCUAGGUGGUCGAGGUCAAGCCAAACGCUGCCCACCGCCUCUGCCUCGCAUAUAUCCUCGCGCACGUUCUUUGCUCGUCUCGCACUCGCUUCCUUCGACGGACUCAUCGCCGAUCACACCAGGCUAGCUAGCCCACCCACAGUCGUAGGGCCAGGACCGAUAGGAGGAGCUCGGUUUUUCCGACCAGGACCGCCGCCGCCACACCCGAAGAAGCCGACGAUGCAGACGACGACGACGACGUCCUCGGUGGUGGCCGAGCUGGAGGGCGCGCUGCUCCGGAGCGCGGACACGUUCCCGUACUUCAUGCUCGUGGCGUUCGAGGCGUCCGGGCUGCCGCGCUUCGCGCUGCUGCUGGCGCUGUGGCCGCUGCUGCGGCUGCUGGAGCUGGCGGGCCGGCGCGGCCUGGCGCUGCGCGCCGCCGCGUUCGUGGCCACCGCGGGCGUGCCGCGCGCCGAGGUGGAGGCAGUGUCGCGCGCCGUGCUGCCCAAGUUCAUGGCCGACGACGUCGACCCCGCCGCGUGGGCGGCCUUCGGGAGCUGCGAGGGGACGCGCGUCGUCGUCACGCGGAUGCCCCGCGUCAUGGUCGACCGCUUCGCCAGGGAGCACCUAGGCGCGCACGCGGUCGUCGGCUGCGACCUCGAGUACAGCCGGCUCAGGCGGUCCACGGGUCUGCUAAGAGGCGCGAGCUAUGAGGACGUCGCCACCCGUGUGCGCGCGUUGUUCGCCGGCGACGGCUGCCGGCCGGCACUCGGGAUCGGCGGGUCAAAGAUGGCGCGCUCAUUCUUGACAUUCUGCGAGCUCAGGCAGCCAUUCCCAGCGCCCAACGAGACGAACGCCCCGCCGUUCCGGCCGGUCAUCUUCCACGACGGGCGCCUCGUGUGCCGGCCCACGCCAUUCAUGUCCCUCGUCAUCCUUCUCUGGCUGCCGCUCGGCGUGCUGGUCGCCUUCGUCCGGAUCGCCGUCGGGCUCAUGGUCCCCAUCUGGACCGUCCCCUACAUCGCGCCGGUCUUCGGCGGCGCCGUGAUCACCCACGGCCGCGCGCCUCCCCCCGCCAAGCUCGGCGGCGGCUCGCCCUCGGGGGUCCUCUUCGUCUGCACGCACCGCACGCUCAUGGACCCCGUGGUGCUGGCCGCCGUGCUCGGCCGGCGCGUGGCGGCCGUGACGUACUCCAUCUCCCGCCUCUCGGAGGUCCUCUCCCCGAUCCCGACGGUGCGUCUGACGCGCGACCGGGACGCGGACGCGGCGCGCAUGCGCGCGGAGCUGGCCCGCGGCGGCGACGUGGCGGUGUGCCCCGAGGGCACCACGUGCCGGGAGCCCUUCCUGCUCCGCUUCUCCAAGCUCUUCGCGGAGCUCAGCGACAGCAUCGUGCCCGUGGCGAUGAACUACCGCGUGGGGCUGUUCCACCCGACGACGGCGCGCGGGUGGAAGGCCAUGGACCCCAUCUUCUUCUUCAUGAACCCGCGGCCCGUGUACGAGGUGACGUUCCUGAACCAGCUCCCCGCGGAGUCGACGUGCGCGGCGGGGAAGAGCCCCGUGGACGUGGCCAACUACGUGCAGCGGAUACUCGCCGCCACGCUCGGGUUCGAGUGCACCACCCUCACCAGGAAGGACAAGUACACGGUGCUCGCGGGAAACGACGGCGUCGUCAACGCCAAGCCGGCCUGCUGGCAGAGCCGCGUGAAGGAUGUCCUCGGCUUCCUGCUCCACUAACCACAUUACUUGCACGGCUCUGGACUCUGCGCUCAAAUACUUCGCUCACCGAUUUGAUUGAGUUUAUACUUUACAUUUAUUUAUACAUGUAAGUAAGAAUAACCACACGCAAAAGCAUGUAGUAGUAACAUACAGUAGUGUGAUUAUUAGCCUUUAUUUCUUCACAUAAUAAGUACUGUAUAUUGUAUUGUUCUUUGUUUUACAAGUGUUUUGGUGAAUUUUUACUGGGUGUAAUCAAAUAUAUUUUGUAGCCAUGACUAAGAAAUCUUGGCUGAAGAGCUUGUUGCCGAGUGAUGGCUACAGGUAGAUCAGGUUUGGUAGGA